AUGUCAAAAUUGGGUUCAUUAGCCAGGUCUGUCAAGUGGACUCUUUCCGCGGGGGUCAUAGGCUCUGUUUUCUAUCUCUACCGGUUCAGCAACAAGGGAUAUUUCUACGACCACGAUGCUACGUGGUUGAAGCAAGACCAUCAGGCACAAGACCUGAUGGAUAGAAGGGAAGUGGUACCUGGAGGGGUCAAAAAUCGUAAACAGAUCGUAAUGGAUGACGGUGUCGCAUGGACUAGGACCAUGGGGGAGAGCAUGAAAGACAUAUGGAACGAACAAGUAAGAAAUUCCGUCAACUGGAUCUAUUCAUGGGGAAAGACCUAG